AUGCCAUUAUGCUUUGGGGGCGACGACAAAGAGCCAGAGGACGAAUACGACUCGAUUCCUUUCAGCCUGCGGUGGCGCAUACGCUUUAGCAAGAAAGAGACAGACCCGAACACUGGUGAGACGGUAUUGCGGCUGAGCAGCAACAAGAUCCUCAAGACGCAAUGCGCCAACACCGAGUACCAGGCUCUCAAGCUGAUCGACCGCAACACGUCUGUGCCCACGUACAAGGUGCUGGCCGUCUAUAAUCGACCGGAAGGGAAAUGGGUGGAAUAUGAGGCAUGCCCCGGCAAACCGCUGCAAGACGUUUGGCCCAACAUGGCUGCGCACCAGAGGAACAAGGUCGUCAUCGACAUCGGCCGGUUUGUCGAGCAACUGCGUAAAAUGCAGCCGCCCAAACUGUGCGUCGUUGGGGACGCGACGCUGGGAGCUGCCUUGGACAAGCGCUUCGGUUCUGGCAAGGUCGGCCCUUUCUACUCGAUCGCCGCGUUCCACGAUUUCGAACGCAGAGGACAUCCGCCUCACGACUUUCCCGAGAAGGAGAUCCAAUCGGUGCACGACCCGAAGAAGGAGUACGAGCUCAAAUUCACCCAUGCCAAUCUUUGUCCCAAGAACGUUCUGGUGGACGACGCGGGGAGGAUAACGGCUCUGAUCGGCUGGGAGUCUUCAGGCUGGUAUCCAGAGUAUUGGGAAUACACCCAGAUGUGCCACUUGACACCAAAGACCAUGGGCGAUUGGCUUGAUGCUAUGCGUAAUGUCCUGCCUCGCUAUGACCAAGAGUUGGCGUGCGAGGAGGCUCUUCGAUCCCAUUACUGUGGUUCCAUAUACGAUGCUCCGAGAAGUAUUAGGGCCCAGAGUCCCAGUCCCAGUCAACUGCUGGCCGACCAACGGGACAUCGAGGAUAAGAAUACAGAGAGUACAAGUGGCUGA